GCGUGUACUGCACGUCCAUUCAUCUCUCUCUCUUUCACCCACUCUCGGUAUCUUUCUGAUUGUCCACAAUGACAACGCCGCCUACGAACGGCGGACGGCAGACGUCACGGCUUCUCGCCGCGCUCGACAACCCUGGGAUGUCGCUGGACGACUUUGGGCCGAGUCUAUCUGCGGGCGACAAGCAUGCUCGCAGCAGCAGUGCAGGGUCAUCCCCAGACUUCAAGCGACGAGCUACGGGUUCUGGGAUACGGGCCGUAUUACAGAGGCCUGCCUCCUCCACGUCGUUUUCUUUCGGUGGUGCCGAUGUCUUUUCUAGCGAAGAAUCUGGAGACGAGGAUGAAGGGCUUUCUCCAGUGCCAAGCCGGGCACCCCGUAAACGCAGAGAGUUCUCACUGAACUACGACCACGAGAGUGCGGUUAGCAAGCUCGAUAUCGGUGGACAAGAUCAGGCUAUAAAACUGGCAGAAUUUGUUACAAGAACUCUUGACAACUCAUCGCAUGGCAUUACUGUGCAAGAUGCUAUGAAACAUCUUGCCUUGAAGGACAAGAAAGAUUUGUUGCCUGGGGUAGAAGUCCGCCUACUUCCUCACCAAGUUGUUGGCGUAAGCUGGAUGCUCAAACAAGAGCGCGAAAGCGAGCAUAAAGGAGGUAUCCUUGCUGACGAAAUGGGUCUCGGCAAGACUGUCCAGAUGAUCGCCACCAUGGCUAUGAACAUGCCUGAAGAUGAUGAGGAGCGGAAAACCACUCUCAUCGUCGUUCCAGCAGCACUAUUGCUCCAGUGGCAAGAAGAAAUCGAGUCCAAGACCAACGGCCUUUUCACUGUACACAUCCAUCAUGGUAGAGAGAAGCUCAAGAAGAUUGAGCAGCUAAGGAAGAAGGAUGUCAUCAUCACCACGUACCAAACCCUUAACACGGACUUUGCGACGCCUGAUGGUAUUGAGAACGACGAAGAACUCAGGUGGUUACUCGACAAUGGGGGCCCUCUAGCACGCAUGAAGUGGUACCGCGUCAUUGCAGACGAAGCCCAAUUCAUCAGAAACAGGGGAACUCGAUCCAGCAAAGCCUGCGCUAUGCUUCGCGCAAAGUACAGGUGGUGCCUUACGGGCACGCCGGUUACGAACACACUCGCGGAUAUCUACGGUCUUAUUCGUUAUGGGUGCUGGAGGCCGUGGAAUGACUGGAAAUCAUUCAAUUUGUAUAUUGCGAAAACGCAGCUCGAAGACGCUCCAUUGGCUGGACUCCGCGCGCAAGAGGUGCUGAAGCCGCUUCUCCUAAGACGAACGAAGGACGCAGAGCUUGAAGGCGAACCAAUUCUCCAGCUGCCAGAAAAGCACAUCGAAAUCAUCCGACUAGACUUCUCCAGAGACGAGCGUCAGCUCUACGACCAUAUCGAAAAGAAGGCGCAGAUUCAGAUCAACAAGUACAUCCGACAGAAGACUAUCGUAAAGAACCAUUCGGCCGUCCUGGUCCUAAUCCUUCGCUUGCGACAGCUGUGUUGUCACCCAAACCUAGUCUUGCAUGAUGUCGAUGGUGACCCUACUAUGGCCAUGGCGUCCGCUGCUGAGAAGGAGUUCGAGCGAGCAAAGAAGGUCAUGGGUGUUCGAUGGGCUAUGAAUAUGAAGAAAAAGUUUCUGGACCGCGCCAAGGAGGCGUUGAAAGACUACGACGCCGAAGAUCUCAAGGCAGACGACGGGUCUUGCCCUGUUUGUGAUGAAAUGUUUGUCGGAGACAGUGGUGUUGUGCUUCAGUGCGGCCAUGAGGUCUGUUUCGACUGCUGUCGAGAGCUAGCAAGUGCUCCCAUUGUUCAUAACGGCAUAUUUGGCGAGGCGGACGAGGAGACCAACCUCCGCGUUGAGGCGGAGUUCGAGAAGGCCGCGGCACAAGGUCUUCGUCCAUGCCCCACCUGCAAGAAGAUGAACGAUCUCCGCCCGAGCGCCAUCUUUCGUUCCAGCGCCUUCAAGCCCACCGAGGAGGAAUUGCAGGCCGCCACGCGUCGGCGGUACCCAGGAUCCUCGCGGAAUGGCUCUGGAAGCGUGUCUGCGAACCAGUCGCAGAGCCGCAAGGCACCGCAAACGAAGGCUAUCAGCAUAGAUGAUUCUGAUAUUGAACUGAGUGACAGCUCGGAUGAAGACCUCCCAGACCCGGCAGAGCUUCUUAGGAACUACCGUGGCCCCCAGAAGGAGCAAAAGGAGAAGAAUAAAGGGAAGGAAAAGGCUUCGGAGGACGACCAGGUCACCGAUAUCACAAUUGAAGACAUCGCAGGCACAAACAAGGUGCAAGAGCCGUCAUGGGACAUCUUCAAGACGUGGGCACACGGCGGCGCAAACGUCGAGCCGAGUGCGAAGAUGCUGGCCUUGGUCGACUUGCUCAAAGAGUGGGAGUCGACGGGCGACAAGACAAUAUGCUUCUCGCAAUGGACGUCGAUGCUUGACCUUGUGGAGUCGAUCUUCAUCCGCAACGGGGUCCAGAACCUGCGAUACGACGGAUCGAUGAAUCGUGAGGCGCGUGAAUACGUGUUGGCGCGGUUCAGGCAGCCAGGUGGUCCCAGGGUCAUUCUCAUCAGCACCAAGUGUGGCGGCGUAGGUUUAAAUCUUACGUCUGCGAACCGUAUCAUCAACCUCGACCUCUCGUGGAAUUAUGCUUCCGAGUCACAGGCGUAUGAUCGUGUGCACAGGCUCGGCCAGGAGAAGGAAGUCUUCGUGAAGCGGCUCGUCGUCAACGACACCCUUGAGGAGCGCAUGUUGAAGCUGCAAGAGACAAAGACCGGCCUGGCCGAUGCCGCUCUCGGAGAAGGCAGCGGCGUUAAGCUGCACAAGCUGAGUGUGAAAGAACUUAAAGAUCUGUUCGGAUUGUCCAAGCCCAAACACAAUCCCCACAACCAAUCCACACUAGACCGCCACAUAGAGGACACAUACUAGUCACACUCCGUGCACCACGGACGCUUACAGCCUACACUUACACUAUCUGGUUCUGUUGUUGUAGGAUAUACCCUCGUGUAGCUCCAGUUACUGUAUUGUAAAAUUGCAGUACCCUUUAACCGAGAUUGACUUCUUGCUCCACCACACGCCGAACGGUGU